AUGAAUUCACAUAUUGAACAAUUAUGUACACGUUUAUCGAAAUACGAACCAUGUUUUCGUCUAUCAGUGAUUCAAUAUCAUCUGAAACGAUUAGGUGUAUCGUGUAGUGAUGAACGUCUGAUUAAACUACUUUCGCUAUCAUUCGAAACAAUGAUUCGCUCACUUGUUGCCGAUUGUGCUCGUGUAAAUAGAGAAAACAAUGCGCCAUCGAAAACAUUGACUAGUGAAUUAUUGACUCAGACAUUACUGAAUACCAUACCAGAAAAUAAUUCUCAAGCGACGAGCAAUUCUCAACAAAAUACAAAUAGUACAUUAAGUAUGGAUGAUUUUUUCGAUUAA